UUUUUGGAAAAAUUUAUUUCAUCUUUAGUCCCUAAAAUUUACAUCAUUUGACGAUGUAACCCUUCCCUAAUUUUUGUUUUCUGUAAAAUUGGUAAAAGAAGAAAUUUAAUCCCCAAACACAGACAAAAAAUGAACUUGUAAAGAGAGAGAAAGAGAAGAACAAGGAGAAACAGUUUUGGAGAAAAUACCGAAACAAUAGGUCUUUUUAUAAUCAGAAAUUAAUCAAUUCGAUGAUUUAAUUGUUCAUUUCAGUCGGAGAAGAAUUUUCUGAGCGAAUUCAUACACUUUCAUUUGUUUGAGUUUUCGGUGGCAUUGUCGCCUUUUACUAUUUUUCUCUUUCUUUCUUAUUUAUGGGCGAUCUUACCCUUUUACGAGGAAAUAUUUCAUGUUGGAGGAUACAGAGGGUGUAUAUUAAGACAGUGAGCUUUUUGCAACGAAAAUUUCAAAGACGCUAUCAAUUUUAAUUUUGUUCUAGUUGUGUGCAUCAUAAUCAUUUAUCAUGGUGUUGAGGAAGGAUGAUAGGACAACUGUUGUUAGUGAGGAUUCUAAUCCCACUUUCUUAGCUUCUGAGUCGAGAAGGGGCCAAAAAGGCUUGGAGCUAGACAAUGAUGGCAGUUCUGUCAAUAGAAAAGUUAAUGAUGCAAAGGAAGUUUUCUGCUCUAGUAUGGAUAAAGACGAUAGAAGUGGAUCAUGUGAGACUGGGCAACUUAACCAUUUUGGUCAAGAAGCUGAGGCGGUUGAUUCGAGGACUAACAUUGGGAGCCCAAAUGUGGAUGACAAGCAACUCGAAACUAGAAAGCUUGAUAAAUCUUCACAAUUAACAACUCAAAGAUUAUCUUUGUCAUCAAGUUACAAAUAUAAUAGCCAGAAUGAAAAGGUGAUGCAAUCAAAUGAAGUUACGGACAUGGAUGAAAGACGUGAAUCCUCGUUGCAAGCAUCUCUUGGAGAUGAUGUUGACGAUUCUGAUGUCGAGGAAGAAGAUGUAAAGGUGUGUGAUAUAUGUGGUGAUGCUGGGCGGGAAGAUUUGCUCGCUGUAUGUAGUAGGUGCAGUGAUGGUGCGGAGCACACGUAUUGUAUGCGUGAGAUGCUUGAUAAAGUUCCAGAAGGAGAUUGGUUAUGUGAAGAAUGCAAAUACAACAAAGCACUUGAAGCACGGAGACAGGAGAACAUAAAAUUGCUAGGUAGUAUUGAAAGAAAUAGAUCUCUGGGAAGGACAAACUCUGCAAACCCAGAAGUAUCUUCUAAGUUGGAAAAUAAGGACUCUUUUAGUGAACGUAAACAAAAGAUUGUUAGUCUAAAUAAACAGCUAUCGACAAAGAGGUCUGUUGAUAGCAUUGAAGCUGGUCCAACAGCAAAAAAACAGGUGCUUGAAUCGAGUACUGGUUCUCCAACUACAUUAAGUCCUAAUCGAGUGCCUGUGCUAUCUAGGGACUUCUCAUUUAAGAAUGUAGAUAAGAUGAAGGGAAAGUCAACCAGUCAACUUUCUACAGGCGCUGAAUCUGCUGGGGAUUCUUCAGAAAAUACACGUUCUCCUAGCAGAAACCCAAAAGGUAAUAAUCUCAUGAAGUCCAAUUCCUUUAAUUCAUCUAAUUUGAAGGCAAAUGUAAGAGCAUCUGAAGAAGUUGUUCAAAAGAAAAGACUAGCUGUUGAUGCAAAGGAUGGGCCUGGAAAAUUCAUUGGGAAAUCUAUGUCCUUUAAAGGAUUAGGUCGCUCAAGUGUGAUUGAACCAAAAGUCAAAAUGCUCUCCCCAAAAUGUGCUCCAGCCCAGGAUUUGAAAUGUCAAAAGCCUACACGAGAACGUAGUUCUUUUGAAAGAAAGAACACACUCAAAUUGGACAAUACGUUUCCUGUUCAAACAGCAGCUAAUACUAUGAAGCGGCUUUCUCGUGUUGAUAGCCUCUCAACUUUAUCUGUAAGCAGUCGUGAUUACAAGAAUGCUCAAUCUGAUGGAAAUUCAACUAGUUUGUCAAAGCAGGCAUCCCAUGCGACUUACAAGUCUCCUGAUACCUUGGGUAGUUUAGGUGAAGUUAAGAGGCAAUCAUCUACUAAAAUCAGGGGAGCCGGGACAAGUAGCUCUGCUGAAGCAAAGGCCAGUCAAAUCAGUAUGAAGGAUGGAUUGACAUUAGAUUCUUCUCGGGCUGCUGAUGAAUCGUUUUCUGGUACCAAUGGAGCCAAUGUAGAUGCGCAUGAUAACCAGAGCGAGAAGGCACUGGAAAACACUUUGGGUCGCUCCAAACAAGGUGUUAAUGGUGCUUUGGCUAGUGGAAGUCGCCGAAGGCUUUCCUCAGAUGCUUCCACAUUGAGAGCUAAAGGUGGGGUACAUGAAGAAAAUAAAUUGAAAGCUGCUAUUGAAGCGGCAAUGCAAAAGAAGCAGGACAUAUUUAAAAAGAACAAGAUACCUGAGAAAGUUUGUGCGCUAUCAAUGUCAAACACUCAUGGAAACCAUGUAGGUGACACAGUUUCCAUUCAAGGUUUAGAUUCAAUUCCUGAGGAAGUAGAUCAUGCAAAGGAUACAGUAGUUUCUGACAAUACGUCGAAUUCUUUCAAACAUAUAUCCAUUAGUGCAAAGCAGUUGAAAGUUUACCCAGCUAAUUUUUCAAGUUCAUCCGAAGAAGACCCAGUUCUCGCAGUUUCAGCUAUCCCUGAGCUAGAAUCUAUUUGGCAAGGAGUUUUUGAGAUACAAAGAAAUGGAAAACAUCCAGAUAUUUGUGGUGGAUUCCAAGCACAUUUGUCAAGUUUUGCAUCUGAUAAAGUGCUUGAAGUGGUUAGGAAAUUUCCUCAGAAAAUUGUUUUUAAUGAAGUAGCUCGAUCUUGUGCAUGGCCUUUUCAAUCCAAGGAAGCUGGUGCCAAAGAAGAUAACAUUGCUAUGUAUUUUUUUGCCAAAGAUUUAGAGAGUUAUUUGAAGAGUUACAAGGUUUUGUUGGAGUAUAUGAUGAAGCAUGACUUGGCUCUCAAAGGAAAUAUUAAUGGUGUUGAACUCCUUGUAUUCCCAUCAAAUCACCUAGCUCAUGCAUCACAGCGUUGGAAUACUUUAUUUUUUAUGUGGGGUGUUUUUCGAGGAAGGAGGGGACAUUAUGCAGUUGACCGAGGCCCUUCUCUGGUGAAACCUGAAAGUGCUGUUUCUGUUCUGAAUACAGCCCCCAGAGUUAAAGAUGUUUCCUCAGUUGCUUGUCUGCUUGAGAAUUCUGGUUUGCGGAGACCUGCUAUAGAAGAAUUGUCUGUAUCAGGCGGUAAUAUUGUUGUAUCAAAAUGUGAGGCUCCUAAAAAGUCUGGCUGUUUGACUAAUGGAGACUCUUCUGAUGAGGGAUGUAAUAUAGGUAAGAUAUCUUUGAGUUCACCAAUUAGCCAAGUGAAUCCUGACAAAAGGCCCGAAAAACAUACUUCAGAGUUAUGUAGUGAUGCACGCUCAGAAUCAGGAACUUCUGCUCUGGAAGAUCAGAGUCGACUAGACCGUAAUAUAGUUGUGCGACAUCGACACUCAAUGCAGGAAGUUGAAAAUGGCUAUAAUCAUGAUUCUAAGGAGCCAUCGCCAGAUAUGAUGCUAGAUAAAUGUGAUGUUUCCUCUCAUUCGUCUAAGGUGCAUAUGUUAGACAGGCAAGAGGGUUGCUCUGAUUUUGCGUCAGAGAAAAAGCAAGUGCUAUUUACGGUAAGUAAGAAUUAUGAUGGAAAUUUUAAAAAUAGUUUGAAGCAAGAUCAAUAUAUAGAUAGUGUUCAGAAAAACAGAGCUGAGGUGAAACUUGAGAAUAAUGAGGAUCAAGAGGAAAAAAAAGAUUCAAUGUUGAAUGCUAUAAAUAAGUUGAAAUGGGAUAAAAGCUUGAAGCAAGAAGGGCUUGUGGAUAUAAAUGUUUCUGCUGAUUGUAGCAUGGAGGACCUUGACACCUUCCAAUGCUCGCAUUCAGAUGUGGACUCCAUGAAGCGUAUGUCUGAAGCUGCUUCAGUGAUUCCAUGUCAAAAGAGGUCAUGGAUGGAUGGGAAAGAUUUGUCAGAAGGGAAUGUCCAUGGACACAUAAGUAAAAAAGUGAAGGGUACUGAUAGUUUUUAUGGAUGUGAAGUGCGUAGACCCCCAGGUAGUUUAAGUGAUAAGGUUGACACCCAAAUGCUUGAUGCGAGCACUAGUUCACGAAUGGACGAUACAUCUAAUGAAGCUGUUGAUGAGAAAUCAACUUCUGUGAAUCAAGGCUCAGCUGAGAGAUGUUUUUUUAUAGUGGAUUCACAUGCUGCGCAGAGUGUGUCGUCAGAAGAUCACUCGUCACCUUUGAAAGUUUGUUUGUUAGGAAAUGAUGAUAGGCUGCCUGAUGGAUCCCCGGACUUAGAACUUGCUUUAGGAGUUGAAAAGAAGCAUUCAAGAAAAGGAGUUUUGCCUUUUUUUGCUGGAAUAGUUGAUAGAAAAGGUCCUGACAGGCCUCCUGACAUAGCAUCACCAAAGGAAGAGUUUGAAGAUGCAAGUGCUUCUCUUUCUCUUUCCCUUGCAUUUCCACUCUCAGAUAAGGAAAUUCCAGCGAAGUCUGAAAAUCCCUUGGUGACUGUGGAACAGUCUCUUCCUGCUAGGCGUGAGGCAAAUACUUCAUUGCUGUUGUUCAGGGGUUCAUCAGGCAAGUAAACAGGUCAGUUCUCUUACGUAUAUCAACAGUUUCACAAGUUAACAGGCCACAUAUUACAAAUAUCUCAGGAUAUUUUCAGAGGUUUGUAAUCAUGAUCCACAAAAUAUGUUUAUAUCUCACCCUACCCAUAAACUCAAUCAUCACCAUCUUUUAGAAUUUCGUUUCUCUCCCCCCUCUUUUGUAUGGUGCAUAGGCAUGGCUCUUUGUAUAUACAUAGAAUAGUAGCUGUCAGUCACAAUUGCAUAAAUUAUCCAAACUACUUGUUCUAUGUACCAAAAAUGAUUGUCCAGUUUUGUGUCAUGUACUGAAAUUUAACUUUUCUUUGAAAGAUGUUAGAAUAAGUUAUUCUUUUUUCGAUUAAACUUAUGUAAAUGGAAUGUAUUCAUAAAUUUUACGAGUGGACAGUGUUUAAUCGCAUCUGACUUGUUGUUUUGCCUUAGAUUGUGGGCAUAAUAUUAUUGGUGGCUAUUACUAGGUGGGUAAAAGUUCCAAUUCUUGCAACUAAUUUUUACCAUUUGUGGUAAACUGUUGUCAGAGAUGAAUUGUGAUCCAAUGAUGUAUUUUGAUGCGACAAGUCUCAUCGUACCAGUGGUUAGAUGUGCAAGCUGUGUUAAGCUGAGCUCGGUUUGCUUGAUCAUGGCGUAGGUGACAAAGGCUUGAUUUGAUACCAUUAACUUAACUGAAUACCUUGUAUAUAGUUCUUGUAUAGCUGGAUCCUGAUACCUUGAACCCUGCCCCUGCCCCUGCCCCCGCCCUCGCCCCCUGCUCCCUCCCCAUCAAAAGAAAAUAAAAGAAACGAGAGAUGACCAAUGCUAAACACCAGUUGUAUGGAUGUUGUCUUUGGAAUGGAGUGUGGGGUUGAAGCCUAGCUAACUUUGAUAGAACAAGCAUGAGCUUAUUUGUACAGCUUGAAAUGUGUCCUGCUGCAGGAUGCUAUCUAACAAGAGUGCGGAUUGUGGAAAAAUGCAGACGCUAGAGAUGAUCAGCGCCUGAAAUUUGUACCCGCUGCUUUCAGAUUUACACUUGAUCUGAGGAAGUGUAGAAAGAAGUAGUAUAACAAGGUUGCCCAUCAGUUUUCUUCAUUGGACAUGCUACAAAGUACAGAGUACAGGAAUUUAUUAUGAUCUGUUGAAUCUAUAUAUAUGUAUUUAAUAUUUUAAAGCAUCCUACAUAUCCUGAAAA